AUGGAUGCUCUUCAUUAUGCUUUGGAGAAACAUCAAUCACGAAUCACGACUUUUGUUCUAAAGGAUUCAUGGCUUAGCAACAUCCUCCUAAAUGCCAAGGACGUUGACGGCAACACACCCCUCCAUCUACUUGAUGUUUCUCUCGGGACUCGUUUCGUUGGUGAUGCUAGAGUUGAUAAGAUGGCAUUCAAUAAGGAAAACAUGAACGCUCUUGAUGUCAUUAUAGCUGAUGAUUCAAAAAAUGAGAUAUAUCUGGAACAAGCUUUGAAAAAGAAUGGUGCAGAAUCAGGCCAUCGAAUUCUAAGGAAAAGAAAUGGUGGCCAUCUGAAAUUGAAGGAAAACAAAGGUGGUGAAGACACUGAUAAAACGAACAAUAUUAGGGAAGCCCAUCUGGUAGUUGCUGCCCUCAUAGCAACUGUAACAUUCGCAGCAGGUUUCACCAUCCCUGGUGGUUACCAAGGUGAGAAAGGACCAGAGCAGGGUUUUGCAGUUCUAUCAAAAAAUGCAGCUUUCCAGGCCUUUGUUAUAACAAACACACUCGCCUUGUGUAUUUCCAGUUUCUCUGUCUUGAUACACCUUUAUGUAUCGAUGCACACAAAGCGAAAAGGGAUUUCUGCAGCGUUUGACAUGGUGUUGUAUAUCACUAUGGUGGCUUUAAUUUUAAUGGUGGUUGCAUUCCUUACAGGGACAUAUGCAGUAUUAUGUCAUUCUCCGGGACUUGCCAUUACGGCUUGUGUGAUCGGCUGCUUUUUCUUCCUUAGCUUGACUGAUGCCACACUUAGUGAAAUUUCCCCUACCUAUCAACGGUGUACGCAAUUCAUCAUAGGAGAGGCAUCAUUUACUUAUCUCAAGGCCCUUGAUAAAUUUUGUGACAAAACGUUUGAUUCUAUCCUAGGAGAGGCAUGGAAUCAUUUACUUAUCAUAGGAGAGGCAUCAUUUGCGUUUACACGGAGGGAAAGACUGUAA